CAACAACACUGUCGCACAAACACAAUUCAGAAUUAAGUUUCUCUCUCUCUUUUUUAUUUUUCUUUUCCAGCUUUGCCACCUCUUCCCUCUUCUCCUCCCUGAGGAGAGAGAAGAGCAGAGAGAGUGUAAAACACAGCUUUCGUUUCGCAAAAUCAAAUUCUCUCUCGCUCUUAGGGUUUCCGUUUCCUCCAUUACCACGCUUUCUCUAUUCGCUCACAUUCACCUCCACUUCUUGUACGGAGAUCGUCGUUUUCGUUUCCAGCUCUACGAAUCCUCGGACAAAAUUUUCGGGGUUCAAUCGGUGUGUUUUCGUGGAGAUAUUUUUUUUCGCGUAUUGAGUGUACAGAUAUACAAGUUACUUUUCUCAAUGGUAUGCUCUCUUGGUGGAAGUGGGAGAAUGGCAGUCAUGGCAAGGGUUCUUGCAGCUGGGAGCUACUCGCAAACCAUGGCAGAGGAAGUUGGGCACCUGAAAUUAGCUGCUCAAUACAUCUGUAGAGAACUACGUGAGGCAGAUGAAGCAAAUUUGCUUGACGAAGAAGAUAUGCAUGUCUUUGGUUUGAAGCCAAUGUCUGAACCUUUGAAUUUGGUAUGUUGCAAUGCUUGCAAGAAGCCAGUAAAGGCCAGUCAAUAUGCGGCUCAUGCAGAACUCUGUAGGUCACUGAAUUGUACAGAAGAAGUUAUUUUGGAGCUUAAUGGCAGUACAGGGAACAGAAAACCUCCAAGGAAGGAGAGGAAGAAAUUACUUACUGCUUAUGCUAACCAAGCUACUCCGGUUGGGGAGCAAGAAAAGUCUGAACCCGUGGAUGCUGAUGACACUGCUGCAUCAGAAUACCAGUUGGGGAGUCAAGUUCGAAUGGCUUCCUUUGCCAUGGAUGCAAAAAGAAACUCAGCACGUGCAGAUGCAGCACCUAUGAUGGAUGUUUCAAGAGUUAUUUCUGGAAAUAUGGACCGCUCAGCCUGUGUAAUGCCUCCUCCAACAAAACGUUCUAAAUUGAUAACAACUGCUCAUGGACUUCUAUCAAAUGAUCUAGAAACAGCAUCUGUUGUUACAAAAAGCACAAGUACGUUGGAUGUGUUCCCCUGCAGGGAUUCUCCGAAAGGGACAAAUUCAGAAGGUGAAAUGCCUAAUGAUUGUGUGAUUGGCUAUAAAAAGUGUGGGCAAAUCCAUCAAUCGUGCCUGCCGACAAAAGAUAUUCCAGUUCCUCUUGCUACCAAAAUAUACUACUCACAAAGAAACAACCGUCUCCGUUCAGCACUUAAUCAUCUUUACUGUGAGGCAUCAACUAAGAAACUUUGCAGUGACAUGCCAAGUUCAAAAACAAUACAGGAAAACACAAUGCCUUUACAAGUUUCAUCUCCAAGGGACUCUUCUGCUGAAACAAUGGGUGACAAGCUCAACAGGAAGGGACAUACAAACACCUUGUCUUCUGUGCGAAGUCCUGAUCAAAUUCUUGCACAGAGUUCGGAAGUAUGCUUGGGUAAAUCUGGAGGAUACCUCUCAGCCGGUAGCUUCUCAAAUCAGUUUACUGUUGAUAAUGUUCUGAGGCCUCAGCCUGCUCCUGUUGGAUCAAUGAGAAGCAACUAUAUUUCAAAGCCUUAUUCAUUGGCAGGCAAUUCAGGAAAACCACUGGGGACCAUGCAGCAGCCAAAUGGAAGUGUUCCUGUUAUAUAGGAGUCCUGGUGGGAUUUUUGCUAGGCAAAGGUGUAAUUAGCCCAAUACAUGAGGUUAGGAAUUAGAAUCCCAUUUUGAAACUGAUAAAGCAAAUGAGUCAAAUUGUUUAUUCCAGCCUUCUGCAUUACUUGAUCUCUGACCUAUGUUCAUAGUUAAUGAAAAUGGAGGAAAUUUUAUUUCGGCAUUUUCUCCCGAUUUAGAUUGGAGUAGGAAGAGUUUUUUUUUUUUUUUUGGCUUUGCCAAUUGUAUAUUUUCUCUUCCUUACAGUACUUGUAUUGAUCAAGUGUUCAUAUUU